UUCACCGUCAGGUUCUGCCAGGUUCAAGCUCUGUAUCCAUGGGUUCUCUCUGCGUCCCAGAGGAGCCCUUUGGCCCUUUGCAGUAUCCAAAUGCUCGCAGGGACGAGUCUGUGGUUGAUGAUUAUCACGGUGUUAAGGUGGCUGAUCCUUAUCGAUGGCUUGAAGAUCCUGACGCUGAAGAGGCAAAGGAGUUUGUGCAGAAACAGGUUGCUCUGACGGAAUCAGUGCUUGGAAAGUGCGAAACUAGGGGUAAACUUCGCCAGAAAAUCACAGAGCUCUUUGAUCAUCCACGCUACACCGUGCCGUUUAAGCGAGGGAAUAAAUAUUUUUACUUCCACAACACCGGGCUCCAAGCACAAAACGUCCUUUACAUGCAGGAUGGCUUGGAUGGAAAACCAGAGGUCUUGCUUGACCCUAACACCCUUAGUGAGGAUGGAACGGUGUCGUUGAAGGCCCUGUCCGUCAGUGAGGAAGCCAAGUACUUGGCUUACGGGCUUAGUUCGAGUGGAAGUGAUUGGGUGACGAUUAAAGUAAUGCGAGUUGAGGAUAAAACAGGGGAACCUGAUGCUUUAGCAUGGGUUAAGUUUUCGGAUAUCAGCUGGACACAUGAUAGCAAAGGGUUUUUCUAUAGCCGCUAUCCAGUGCCCAAAGAUGGAGAAAACCUUGAUGCUGGUAUAGAAACGAGUGUUAACGUUCAUCAUGAGCUGUACUAUCAUUUUCUUGGUACAAAUCAAUCUGAAGACAUUCUAUGCUGGAGAGAUCCUGAAAAUCCUAAGCACAUGUUUACUGGAAGUGUGACGGAUGAUGGGAAGUAUCUUCUCUUGUUCAUUGAUGAAGGCUGUGGCCCUGUCAAUAAACUGUACUACUGCGACAUGUCUGCACUUCCUGAAGGUCUCGAAGGUUUCGGGGUACGAAAUGGCCCGCUCCCGUUUGUUAAGUUGAUAGAUCAAUUCGACGCACGGUAUCAUGCGGUUGCCAAUGAUGAUUCCUUGUUUACUUUCUUGACAAACAAAGAUGCUCCGAAAUAUAAAAUAGUCCGAGUUGAUCUCAAGGAACCGAGUAGGUGGAUUGAUGUUGUUCCAGAGGAUGAAAAAGCUGUUCUGGAAUCAGCAUGUGCUGUAAACGGCAAUCAGAUGAUUGUAAGUUAUAUGAGCGUGGUGAAGUAUGUGCUCCAAGUAAGGGAUUUGAAAACAGGUUCCAUGCUGCAUAAGUUGCCCAUUGACAUCGGAACUGUUUAUGGGAUUUCUGCUCGUCGUGAAGACAGCACGGUUUUAAUCGGUUUUACUAGCUUUCUCACUCCUGGUGUUAUAUACCAAUGCAACUUAGGGAUUGAGUUUCCAAAAAUGAAUAUAUUUCGUGAAAUUAGUGUGCAUGGAUUCGAUCGCUCAGAGUUCAAAAUCAAUCAGGUUUUCGUACCGAGUAAGGACGGUACCAAGAUCCCAAUGUUCAUUGUUGGCGAGAACAAUAAUAAAUUGGAUGGAUCACACCCCUGUUUGUUGUAUGGAUAUGGUGGAUUUAACGUCAGCCUCACACCAUCAUUUAGUGUUAGUCGUAUUGUGCUUGCUAGGCAUCUUGGUGCCUUUUUCUGCAUUGCAAACAUUCGUGGUGGUGGGGAGUAUGGAGAGGAAUGGCACAAAGCUGGAGCCUUAUCCAACAAGCAAACUUGCUUCGAUGACUUCAUUUCUGCUGCAGAGUAUCUAGUAUCUUCUGGGUAUACUCGGCCUGAAAAAUUAUGUAUUGAAGGGGGAAGCAACGGUGGGCUUUUAGUUGGGGCUUGCAUAAAUCAGAGACCUGAUCUUUUCGGCUGUGCUUUGGCUCAUGUUGGUGUGAUGGACAUGCUGCGAUUUCACAAGUUCACCAUAGGCCAUGCUUGGACUUGUGAUUUUGGCUGUUCGGACAGAGAAGAAGACUUCCACUGGCUUAUCAAGUACUCACCAUUGCAUAAUGUAAGGAGACCAUGGGAGCAACAUCCUGGGGGACUGACACAGUAUGCAUCUACUAUGCUAUUGACUGCAGAUCACGACGAUCGAGUCGUUCCAUUACAUUCACUGAAGAUGUUGGCAACAAUGCAAUAUGUUCUGUGUAAGUGCUUGGAGAACAGUCCCCAGACAAACCCGAUUAUUGGACGCAUUGAGUGUAAGGCCGGACAUGGAUGUGGACGUCCAACAAAUAAAUUGAUUGAUGAAGCUGCUGACAGGUAUAGCUUCAUGGCUAAGGCGUUGGGAGCAACUUGGAUCGAGUAGCAUGAAGAAUUGAAGAUACAUUAAAUAUUUAAGUUUUCCUAGGGACACAUGCCAAGUUCUUUUGCCCUUUUUCGACAACAAAGUGAUUAUAAAUUACAGAUAUGUGCUGAGUUUUAAGUUAAAUAUUUACUUAGCAUCCACUACCCUGAUCUUAGUUUCCCCUGUAAUUGUAGAUGAGACUAAGUUAAAAAUCAAGUCAACCAGCAAAGUGGGUUAUAGAAAUACAUACCUUAAGACUCUCUUGUUCUCUUCUCUUGUGUUUCUAUAUAUAAUAUGUCAGUUGAAAAUCUCACCAAGUUGAGCAAAAUAAGCAGAGUUGAAGCUGUUCCAAGUAUAUGGCUUCUGAGAGUAAUUGUUUGACGUUCUUCGAGCAAGAGAUGUUCAUAAAUACUUUCAUUUUCAGAUUUCCACUCAUUUCAUGGCAUCUAACCAUAAGACAACAUGGGAUUUUAGGUUCGUUGCCCACAUCCAAGUGCUGUGCAUAUACAAGGCAAAACAUGACUCCCAUGUCACAAAAUCCCAACUGAAUCAACAAAUAGAAACCAACUGAAAACUUUCCUAAAAUAUAUAUGUCU